AUGUCCCAACCUUUUUCGAGAAGUGACACUCAUUCAAGUGAGGAUGGAACAGUUCAUUCAGAAUCAAGUAAAAAUAAAGCAGAAGCUGGGGGAUAUAAUAAUUUAAGUGUUGAUGAUUUAAUUUGUAAUAUAUGUUAUAAUAGAUGUAUCAAUUAUGAUUCUCAUAUUAAACCUAAUAAAAAAUCUAAUGAUGAUAAUUUAUUUAAAACAAAUGUACAAAGUUCUUCAUCUUCAAAAUUAGUAGAAUUAGAAGCACAUGUUAAAGAACUCCAACAACAUAUAACAAUAUUAUCAGCUGAAUUGGAGAAUAUAACAAGGCCUGUUGAUACAAACAAUUUAAUUGAUAGUUCAAAGCUCCCUGAAAGUGAACUUAUCAAUUCACUUAUGAUACAUACUUAUGACAUUGAUUUACAAAAUAAUCUACAUGAAAAUAGGAAAAUGGAUACUGUAAAACUUGUUGAUUUUGUUUCCCAAGAUUUGAAAUCUUUACCUGAUUAUCUUCAAGCUAUAACACCAUUUGUUGAAUUAUCUGAACUUCAAGAAUAUUUAAAUAA